AUGAAACUUCAAAUUCUAUUUUUUGCUUUCACUAUUUUCGAAUUCACAAAUGCGAGUGUUCAAAAUAUAACAGUCAAAGGAAUCGCAGUUUGCAAUAAGAAACGGUUGGCGAAAGCAAAUGUUGUGCUCAUUGAAAAAGAUCGAUGUGAGUUUUUUGAAAACAUUUAAAAUAUGCAGUCCCAAAAAAUAAGCAGACACAAAAAAUAAGCAGUCCCAAAAUUCUCUGUUUCUCUGCGUCUCUCGUUGAUUAGCAUGCAGAGAGAUAAAUAAGCAGUCCCAAAAAUAAGCAGUCCCAAAUUUCUUUAUUUCUCUGCGUCUUUCUGAAUUCUGAAAUUUUCAGUUGACCCAAAUGACGAACUUGCGCACAUCGAAACAAAUAGUGAAGGAGAAUUCGAACUUUUUGGAAAAGAUAACGAAAUCUUCACAAUUGAGCCAAUUAUUCGAAUUACUCAUGCUUGUAAUACAGAACCUGUGAGUUUUUUUGUUUUUUUUUUUGCAAUUUAAAUUACAUUUUUUUCAAAUUUAGAACUGCCUACGAACUUCGGAAUACAAAGUUCCACAAAAUCUGAUUGGCUCAAUUUACAAUAUGACCUAUGUUGUUUUGGACGUUUUUGUGCAUAAUGAUAAAACUAAAUGUAAAUAA